GAUAUAGUUAUCCAAUAUCUCUUCAAGCAUUAAAUGGCUGCCACAUACUCAAAGUGACAAGUCCAUGUCCCAUGAAACCAAAAGCAAACAACUAGUUCUCAUUUUUCAGUCACUGAGCUAAGCAAAAAUGGAAGGCAUUGUAAAAUCUCUCUACCUUCCAAAAAUUCCAAAGUCUCAAACAUGUUCUGGUUCUCUUCUGAAUUCACCACUUUUAUUACACUCCAAUGCCACUUCAGUAACUUUCAAUUCAGCAACACAUCAUUUGCACAAGUGCUUUCUUUUUCAGCAACCAGGUGGUGUUAUACAUCCCAAAGCACAGGAAAAGGUGAACCUAGGAGCUAUACAUGCAUCAAAAGCUACAACUCCAACAACAACUACUACACAAAGAUGGAUUCUUGAACCAGUUGGAGAUGGUGAUUCAAGGCAUAUAGGCUUCAAGGUUGAGAGGCCAGGUGCAUAUGAAAUUACUUCUAAUGAAGUCACUGUAGGACGUGUUCCAGAGAAAGCUGAUUUAGUGAUCCCGGUUGCAACAGUGUCAGGUGUGCAUGCACGCAUUCGGAUAAAACAAGACAAUCUUCUUGUUAUAGAUUUGGAUAGCACCAAUGGAACAUUCAUUGGUGACAAAAGGCUGAAACCUGGAGUAGUUACCACUGUAUCUUCUGGGAGUUAUAUUACUUUUGGGGACACUAAUUUGGCUAUGUUCCGUGUGUCGAAAAUAGAAGAGAAGGCUGCAGAUACAGUUGGAGAACCAGAAGGUGAAUUAGAGAAUGAUGGCAAAUCUGAUAGUACUGAAACAAGUUCAACUUCUAGUUGAAAAACAUACUACUUUGUUUUGUAUAGUGAAACUAUUCAGCUUUGUUUUGCAAUGCCAUUUUGAUACAAAGCAUAUUCUACUGUUGAUAGCUGAUAUUCUGCUCACAUAAAUGAAAGUUAGUUCUUCAUUUUCUUUUCUA